AUGGCGGGAACAGCCAGUAAUUAUCCCCGCGGGGCGCGGGGCGGUCGCGGCGGACGCGGCGCAGGGCGCGGGGCGAGGCGCGCGGCCCCGGCCCGCGGCGGCGGCGCCGGUACCUACUGCCUCAGCCAGGCAGCGCCGCGCGCGCCGUCAGCUGAUCAGGACAAUCGAGGCGAGCGGCCGGGGAAUGAGACGAGCGAUAACGACGACGAUGAACCUAUUUACCAAAUGUCGCAUGAGUCAUUGUUUGACGGCACGCUGGGACGGUACCGCGGCUCCCCCGUGCGGCUGCACGUGCGCGAGGGAGCUCAGCCGGUGUACCACCGCGCGCGGCCGGUGCCGUAUACGCUGCGGCCCCGCGUGGACGCUGAGCUGGACGCCAUGCUGUGCGCCGCACUAUGGAAUAUGGUAGAACAAACGCAAAAUGGGAUUCGCAAAACAGAAAAGCCGAAUUAUGAAGAUACUAUCACGCAACCGUAUACUGCAAGCUGUGAAAACGUUAAUGAAGAUGACUAUGAAAACAAUAAUAGUGCCAGUGAUAAGGACUACAAUGAAAGAAGUAAUGAUAGUGAUAAUCAUAGUAUUGAUCUAGAAAAUAGUAGCGACUCGUUCAAAACAGUUGAAUGGAACGAUGAUACAGAAGACAAUUUGUCUUCAUGGUCAUUAACGCCUGAAGAUUUUACAAAUGUUCCAUAUGGUGUGAGGAAUGAACGAGGAAAAUUGAUGCUUGAUCAGAAGUUGCAAAACCUUGAUACACCUAAGUUAAAUAAAUCUACUCAACAUGAUAAAACAACAAAUAGUGAAUGA